CGCAUUUGAAGCUCAACAUAGAAGAUAUCUAGAUUUCUAGAUCUAGAUAUUAGUAGAUAUUGCUGUACUGUAGAUAGAGUCCUAAAUAAAUAGUAGAAUCAAGUUAGGCUGUAAAAGAAGAAAUAACAAGAAAUGGUAAAAAGAAGAAAAGCAGUUUCAGAUGAAGGGGACAGCCAAGCACCAGUUGAAAAGCUUGUGAAACUUGAACCCCCACAAAUAGAUGGCCUAGAAGUGCGGUUUGAAUGGGAAGGUGACAAGGCUGUGUGGGUGCGUUACAGCAAAAACCUAAACCGGACCCUAGUUAACGCCUUCAACUUUGGGAGGAAGCAGAGCUCACUGGAACUUGAAAAUGGCACCAAACUAUUGGUCAUGUUUGACAAAAUGGUACAGAAAAAUAAAAGCUCUGGAUAUGAGAGGCCAAUUCGGAUAGCUUUAAAAGAUAACACUAAAAAUGAAUUUGUGGUCUGGCAGUGGGAAGAUGAGUCAAACAACUGGAGGUUUUAUCCAGUAUCACUGAGCAUUAGUUUGGAGAAAGCUUUUCUGGGUGGUCAAGACAGUGUUGAAUUGAAGAGAGGAACAGCCAUAUUGGAAGUUGAUUUAAAGAGAAACACAGAGUACAUUAAAAAAUCAAAGGUCACCAAUGAUAUAAAAAGAAGUGUAGCAGACAGUGACAUCCCUCCUGAUUAUAGUGAUGAAGAGGAUGAAUCCAAAUGUGAUAGUGCACCAGUAAAGGAAGAAGAAGAAGAGGAAGUAAAGCCAAAGCCAAAAAGUGGAGGUAAAAGCAAGAGUUCUCGAAAGUCGGGAAAAAGCGAUGAAGAAGAGGAAGUAAAGCCAAAGCCAAAAAGUGGAGGUAAAAGCAAGAGUUCUCGAAAGUCGGGAAAAAGCGAUGAAGAAGAGGAAGUAAAGCCAAAGCCAAAAAGUGGAGGUAAAAGCAAGAGUUCUCAAAAGUCAGGAAAAAGUGAGCCAGCCCCUUCCACAUCUUCAGUGAAGACAGUGGUUGUAAAAAAAGGCAGCGUUCCCGUGGAUGAUGUGUGCCCUAUAGCCAGCAAAACGUGUGUGCAUGAGGCUGGGAAUAUUGUGUGGAACUGCAUGCUCAACCAGGCCAACAUUUCCAACAACAACAACAAAUACUACCUCAUCCAACUUCUGGAGGACACCAGCAACAAAACAUUCCACGUCUGGCAGAGGUGGGGCAGGGUCGGCUACAAGGGACAGACAAACCUGGUCAGCUGUGGUGGAGACCUUGACCAGGCUAAAAAGGUCUAUACUAAAAAGUUUUAUGAUAAAACAGGCAAUGACUGGUCAAACAAAGAUUCCUUUUACAAGAUACCUGGGAAAUAUGAGUUGCUUAUGAUGGAUUAUUCUGUGAAGGAGGAUGAAGAGGACCAAGUGGAUGCUCCUGUUAAGUCUGAAGACAAGAAAGAAAAAGUUCCAGAUUCAAAACUUGAGAAAAAAAUACAGGACCUGAUUAAUUUGAUCUGUGAUGUUAAAUCUAUGGAGGAUGCUAUGAUUGAAAUGAGUUACGAUGCCAAAAAAGCUCCAUUAGGCAGGUUGACAAAAGACCAAAUCAAAGCCGGCUACUCAGCACUCAAAGAUAUUGAAGAGUUGAUAAAGAAGAAAGACUUGGGCAGAAACCUGGCAGAUGCUUGCAACGUUUUCUACACAAAAAUUCCUCAUGUGCAGGGAAUGAAAGCCCUGCCAUUAAUUUCCACACCUCAGAUGGUGAAGCAGAAAAUUGAACUCCUUGAGGCCCUGGAAGACAUCCAGAUCGCCAUUAAGAUGCUGAAAGGUGGGGACAUGUCAGAGAACCCAGUGGACAGACAUUACCACCAGCUGCACUGUGUUCUAGACCCCUUGGAUCACACAUCUGAUGAGUUUAAGCUGGUGAAGGACUACCUGCUACUGACCCACGCAAACACACACAACCAGUACAGCAUGGAGCUGCUGGACGUAUACAGGUGUGACAAGGAAGGUGAGAGUGACAGGUACACAGACUAUGGCAACAGAAUGUUGUUGUGGCAUGGGUCAAGACUGACCAACUGGGCAGGUAUUUUAAGUCAGGGACUACGGAUAGCACCACCUGAGGCGCCAGUGACAGGUUACAUGUUUGGGAAAGGUGUUUACUUUGCUGACAUGUCAAGUAAAAGUGCCAACUACUGCUUCGCCUCCAAACAAAAGAACACAGGACUCUUGCUGCUGUGUGAUGUGUCAUUAGGCGAGGUCAAUGAAAAGUUUGCAGCAGAUUACAGCGCAGCGUCCUUACCCAAGGGCAAACACAGUGUCAAGGGGGUGGGCAUGAUCGCCCCUGAUCCUAAAGCUCACGUCAAACUGCCAGGCGAUGACGUGGUUGUGCCCAUAGGGAAAGGGGUGUCCAUGCCUCCACCCAGCUCUAAAAAUUUUGUCCUCAACUACAAUGAAUUUAUCGUCUAUGACACCAGGCAGAUUAGAAUGAAAUAUUUAGUGAAGGUUAAAUUCAAUUUUAAGUAAUUGCUUUCAGUCAAAGUUUUCAUGAACAUAUUUGAAAGUAAAUGUUUCCUCUUAAAACUUUUUUAUGUGAGUCACUGAGUAAAAUAAGCCUAGUUCAUGUAGAAGCAAUUUAUGUCAAGAUCUUUACUGUUACAAAAUAAA